CUUGCCAUUAAUUUUAAAUAAAUUAGAAAUGUUUUUAAAUUAAUAUUUAGUGUGCUGUGCUAUUGCCAUUUCUUCUUUUAUUUAAAACGACCUGCUUGCGGGUAUCAAGUUCGCAGGAUAUUGUAAAGGAUUUGUGCUACUUAUUAUGCACAAAGAAAUAAGAAUAAAAAUAUCAUUUACCGUUUGUUAAUUUUUACUGUUAAAAUUGUUACUUUUCCGGUAAACUAACUAAUAGUUUAUAAAACGAUGGAUUACUUGCACGUACUUGAAGAAUAUAUUAUUUUUUGAGGUGAUUAAUAUCUCGAGCAGCAGAAUGGCGUCGAGCGAUCGGAAAGAAGAAGAAGACUUAAUAGACUUGGACGGACGAGCUUGCGUGUCAGUUGUCCCUGUACCCGAGACAGUGACCUCAGAAGAGCAUCUUCUAGAUGUCUGUCCACCACAGCUCGAGCAAAAGCUGUCUCUAACGCGGGAACACAAACUAAUUCGCCAGCACUGCGACAACGGAGAUGUCCUUGUGACCCUGGGACACGAUCAAGUGGUCCCUGUGAGGAAGAGGAUCGACGUUGUCUCCUCGGAGACGAUUAAAAGAAUCCGCGUCAUUACUAAAAAUCUCGAGCCUGUUAUUAAGGCGAGUCAACAGCAGAUUCGACGCUCCAGCGAGAGUGAAAAUAAUAACGAGUUUAAUGGUCCAAGGACUCAUCUCGGGGAUGACGAAUCAACAUCGGGUCUUGAUGUUAAUAAUGUGGGAAUAAAAGCGCCCGAUGGAAAUGAAUUAUCUAGAGGAAAUGGAGAAAAAAUUGAAGAUAAAAAAUUGUGGGCUAGAAAUUCUGAUGGAUUACUUAAUGAGUUUAAUAGUGAGCCUUCAACAUCCAAUCAUCAGAUUCUACCAACUCAUUCCAAGUCAUCCUCUAUCGGGCAUUCAUCAGAAGUAUUAGCAUCAGGAUCAUCAUCAGAGUGUUCAGAAGUAGAUUGGUCGUGGGUAGAAGAACUAGAGCGUCAACGUUCGCUAUCAAUGCAAUCACGUCGCCCGAAGUCGUUAAUCUCAAUGUACACUCCCACUUCAGUAGCCCCAAUAGACUCGUCGGGCACUACCAGUUUACCAACACCACUAACAGCAUUAGAGAGUCCAUCCUCACCAGCAGUAGCAGCAGGUGUGACUGUUACCUACACUCAGGAGAGAACCCAGAGCCAGAAACGCAUGCGUUCCUCCACGGGGCCAGUCGCCUCCAGCGAUGGCCAUUCAAACAGCAGUAUCACCAUGCCCGUCGACUCGACGCCGGCUAAAUCGAUAACCUCUACCCUGGUCACUGCGGACACUCUUCCCGAGGACUUCUCCAUCAGCCGCGACUUAAACUUCCUGGACAAUGGCACGUCGACUUCCACCGCGGUUUCAACUUCCACAUCCACCACGUCAAACUCAACUCCUCUGUCCUUCGAGUUGGACCAGAUCGACCACGAGGACGCGGGGAUUCCCAUCAACAAUUCUCCCGCCAGCAGCUCGUCCUGGAUGCGGGCCUCGAUGCGCAGACUUCGGCAUCUUCGUCUUCCCCAAGGAUCCACCAGACAGAGAACUCACCGACCGCUGACUGUCGACGCCAUCGAGUCCUCUUCAUUCACCACGACUUCAACCUCUUCCUCGGCUUCCUCUUCUUCAGCUUCGUCAUCCAGGCCCAUUUCCGCGCCAAAUUCCCUCCCAGACAUCGCGUUAAUUGCUCCGGAAAUUCUGGCUGCUCACACCAAUUCAAAUCCCGGAAACUCAAACUCUAAUUUGAGACCCUCCAGUGCUCCAGUCGCCGUAGGAAGGACUAAUAAUUCUCUGACACCAAGAACCAGAGGAAGAAGAACCGCUAACCGUUCGCGAGGCAAUAACAGUGUCGCUGAUAGAUCUUGUCGGCGUAAUAGUAACAGGAAUAAUUCUGUUAAUAAUUGUGCUAAUGGUGAUAAUAGUGAUAAUGUUAAUAAUAUUACGAGAAUAAACUCUCCCCAGCGUACGAGCUCUACUCCGUCCAGACGUUGCGAUAGACAAAGAGAUGGAUCGCGAAGAAAUGGAAGUGGAGGAAAUGAAGAUGAAGAAAGUGAAGAAAAUCCAUUGGGAAAAUGGCCACAUGCGCUUAGUCCAGCAUUGGCUUGUCUCGGUUGUACCCUUGGAUUAUUCAACAUUAGCCGAUUUUCAAUCCUCAGUGUUCAAUUUGGAGCGAAUUUCAUCGUACAAUUCUUAGUACUGUCAUUAGUACUGGGAAUUCCCCUGCUAACGUUACAAGUGUGCCUUGGCCAACGUCUGGCUGCUGGAGCAGUCGACAUGUGGAAGAUAUCUCCAGUUUUUCACGGAGUUGGCAUUGCUUUAUUAGUAGCGCAUGCCCUUAUCGGUAUUUACAGUAUUAUAGGAGUUUCUUGGAUGUUUGUAUACUUCAGGGACUCUUUUAUCACCAAACAAGAUAGAUAUCGAUGGGCAGAGCCAUUUUUUCUUUACCGCGAAGAUACGAAGCCGAUGAAUUUGUCAGUUUCGUACAAACUUCACGAGACGGUGCCUGAUUACUUCAGUGGAGUAGUCUUGCAGCGGCAUCAUUUAAAUGAACCCAGUCCUGGAAUUGUUACGCUCAAGUUCCAAGUGGCAUUCAAUCUCGCGGUUGUUUGGAUGAUUGUAUUUGUCUCUUUAAGUAAAGGACUAAGAUCGUAUGGAAAAGUUGUAUAUGUAUUUACAUUGGUACCAGUUUUCGGUACAUUGAUACUUUGCACAAAAUUACUCGGCCUCACACCUCCGGGUACGAUUAAUCAGCUGUUUCCAGCCACUGUUUGGAGCGAAUUUUUUAUAAACAGCAAAUCUUGGAUCGCAGCUUCUUCUGAAGUUUUUUUAACAUGGGGAGUAUUAGGCGCUGCUGCUAUGCAGAUAGCAGCGCACAAUAAAUACAAGAAUCUUCUUCAAAGAGAUACCAGCCUAGUAAUUGUGUUAACGAUUGUUGUGCUACUUUUAUCAGCAUUUCUGGCUAAUACGUGUGUACAAAUCUUGAGAUAUCAUGGAUACACGUACACGACUAGUUCUUUUGAGAAAAUAUCCAGCUACGUAUUUAUGCGGCCAAUUAAUCAAGCACCGCCUCCAGGUUAUGGUAAUACACCUGAGAGGUUCAUGUCCCACGCGUCAUUUCUUCUUGGACAGCGGACAAUAAAACCAGGCGCUGAUCUUACUGCUGAAUCUGGGUAUCAGAGUCUUAGGUUGUCUACAGAACUAGUACCUGCGACCCUAGCUCUUCUUGGGGCUGAACAAGUCUCUCCUUUUUGGGCUGUUUUAUUUUAUUUUAUUCUUAUUCUUUUUGGAAUCGCACAACAGUUAGCAAUAUGGCAUUGUGUAAUAACGGGAAUAAUGGCAAUAAAUGCAAAAAUGAUGAAGCUAUGGGAAACAACAAUAACAUUCUUCAGUUGUGCUUGCGCUUACAUUCUCGGUCUACCAAUGGCGACAGAGUGGGGUAUCUACGUAGUGUAUUAUUUAGACUACACAAUUGGUGGUGGUUGGUGGAUAAUUAUUCUGUACCUCGUGCAAGUUGGCGCAGUCUUUGGAGUGAGAGGAAGGCCUCACACUGGAGAAGCUGUUGUUGCUGAAUUAUUUUCACCGACUGGAAGAUGUCUCAAACAUUGGGCGGGUCCGCUGCUGUAUUUUACCUGGAAUGUCAUACUACCAAUUAUGUUGAUGGUAUUGAGUAUCACUUUGUUCCGGAGUAGCAACUUCCGAGAGCUCUACUCUUAUAGAAGAAAUGGGAAAGAUUACUGGGCAGUAUGGUCUAGGCAACUAGGAGCUGCUAUGCAGUUAAUUCCAAUUUUAAUUAUUCCUGCUGUUGCUAUCAUACAGACUUGUCGGUAUUUGAACAAUGGACCACCAGAUAUUUUUGAUACUGAACAAACGGAGACGAAUGAUCAUUGUGAACAUUGUAAUGGCAAUAGAAUCCAAUUGCUCUACCGCCCAUCUCUGGAGCCGGAAAGUGCUCGAAGAAGACUAACCCAGCUACGUAAUAACACGACAACAAGUAUCCACCACGACACAACAGGAAUUCUCCCAACAACCUCAGAUGUCCCCUUCGAAGACCCUCCACCAAAGUACACGCCACCGCCAAGUUACACAACAGCAACGGGAGCGCGAAUAGCAAAAAUGUUGCGUCAAAGUUUCCGUCAAAGCGUCAGAAGAAUAGCAUCAGUCUUAGGAGAAAGCAGCGUUGCACGUGCGAGACCAGCUUUGCAGCCUCCACCACCUGACUACGCGACCGUCUUAGUAGAAAUGAAUCACACGAUCGUGCCGCGAGACGUCCCAGUGAUUCACACCAUAGAAUCGCGCCCGGACGUAGCUGAUGUUGGUCCUGUAAGUCAUCGCCACAGCCACAGCCACAGCCACAGCCACAGUGGUCCUAUUAUGGACAUAAGAAUUGGCUCGCAGACUCUGGACCGAGUUUCGCGAAACACUUUCGACAGAUGUCCCGUCGAGAGGACUCACUCGACGAUAGAUCGGAAUCGCAGGCGCCUCCACAAUACCGGAUCCUCGAACCUGACCGCUGCUGACGUCGCUAAUUUAUUGAGGAGCAGCAUCAGAAGAGGAACCAACAAAACUCACCAGACACUGCAGAGGAGCUCGCUGCUCAAUCAUCAACCAGCUCCACCGAUCAAUGCUGCGUCCAUUGAAAAUCUCGUCACUGCCGCCGCGCCGAUCGGCCAGGACUCCUUAGUCUUUAAUAAACCUCUAGUCUCUGAACACCGUGUUGAUAGUAAUGAUGAUAAUGGUAAUAAUGUUGAUAAUGAUAUUAAUAUUGAUAAUGAUAGUAAUGAAGAUGAUAAUUACCAAGACAAUGAAGAAAUUAAUGACGUUGACGUCAAUAUUGAUGUAGACGAUGUUGAAAAAGAUAAGACUGUACAAAUGGAGUAACUCCGUUUUUUGUUUAAAUUUAUUAUAAUAAUAAAGUUAGCCGACAUUUUUUAUUUUUUGAUUUUGUUUAAUUUAUUAAAUUAGAACUAAAAAAUUUUUAAUUGCACUUACA